AAUUCAUGACAGAGUCAAGACCUUAUUUUAUUCCUUCUUGUAUGGCAUAUUAACUACUUAGCUGCGUCAUCCAAGUCUAGUACUAAACGAUAGAAUAAUACUCAAUAGUAAUCUAACUAUGAAGCACUGCUUACUCAUUUUAGCCAAAGUAAAAGUAAUUCCAAUAAGUUAACUAAAACUCCAUCUUCAAUUAUUUAGUAUGACAAAUUUUAUGUUCAAUAACUGUAAUAAUAAAUAACAGAUUUAAAAGAGCAGGUUACUUUUUUAAUUUAAGAAAACCAAAGAUUAUAAUAACGAUAAGACAAACAAUUAAAAGUAAUAAAGUUCUUUAAUUUUGUUUAGAGGAUAAAAGAGCAAUAUCAAUAAUUGACAAAAUUUAGUAAUGUUAUAUAAUUAGUCCAGCAAUUAAAAAUUGAAAAUCUAGCUCUGCGAUAAAAUGUAUAAUCUCUUAAACUGGAUUUUAAUAUUCAAAUGCAUCCAUUAAAAUAAUUAUAUCAUCAUAUAAUUCAGAUACCAAAAUAAUAAAUAAAUGACAUUAUGUAAAUAAAAUUACAAUAGCAAGAAUGUAUAAAUAUAAUUAAAUCAUAGCUUAAUUAUCUUAAUAAAAAAAUAAAGUUGAGAUUCUUAAUAUAGAAAGAACACAACUAUUGGAAUUAUGUUCGAAAUAAGAAGAAGAAUUGAUUUCAUUAUUGUAAAAUAAAAUUUCCAGUUGA